AUGUUGCCUUUGAAACCACCAGUACCAAAAAAAAAUGUAAAAAACAUUAAACUAGUUGAUUUUCCAAUUUAUGAUGAAAAUGGAGAAAUUUUAGAUCAAAAUUCAUGGCCAAAAUACCAAGGAAUUUUUAAUGGAAAAGUUAUUAUCAUCAACGAUUUAAAUGACAAAUCACGUCUUUGCAAUUUGGGAUGUUUUGGACAAUUGGGUAUAAUUGACAAGGACAAAUUCAUAGAUUACAAAACCCUACAAAAUCAAGUUCUAAGGCAAAAAAAGAACUGGCAAGCAAUGGAAUUAGUGCCAUUUGAUUUUCCUCAUAAUAACCAAAACGUGACUGAUGAAAAAAACUUACACAUCAAACUUCAAGAAGAUUAUGUUGCUAAUAAGCCAGUUUAUAAUAAUUGGAAAGAAUUAAAAUCAAGUUGUUCUACAGAAUAUGAACAGUUGUUAAUUCUAUCUGGCGUUCAACAUGAAUUAUCAUACUUUUUACUUUUAGAAGAAGCCUUUUUUUUAUGUUACACUUUAGAAUGUUUGGAAAUGCGAAAAGAAGACAGUUCACUUAUAAGUAUAGUUGAAUGUUGGAAGCAAUUUAAUGGUUUGAAAAAAAAUUUUCCCUAUUUUUAUGCAGCUUAUCAUUAUUAUAGAUCAAAAGGAUGGGUUGUCAAACCGGGACAACAGUAUGGUGGAGAUUAUGUACUGUACAAAUCAUCACCUAUUUACUAUCAUUCUUCAUAUGUGGUAGUGAUCAGCGUUAAUGGUCAAAAUAGUGAAUCGCUACCAUCAUGGCCUUCGUGGUAUGGAUGUGGUAGAGCAAUAGAAGCUGCCAGUAAAGAGCUACUUAUAUGCACAGUUCUUGGUCCUGCAUAUGAAGAAGGAAUGCUGAUCGAUCUGUCACAAUACACUGUCAAUGACAUUAUAGUCAGACGUUGGGUGCCAUCUCAAAACAGAAAAAAACCUUAA